AUGCAGCGCGACGUGUACGCCUCGCUCAUCAAGAAGCGACACAAGCACAUGAUUCCGCUGUUCAUCCAUCAGGUCUCUGGGGACGUCACCCGGGAAAACAUCUUUGAUGAAGUCUUUAGUGGCUACAAGAUGCGGCGCAUUGUGCUUAUGACGCACAUGUCAGCCACCUCCUCCUCUUCGUCACAGCUGCCACGCGACGUCAUUGUGUCGGAUUUUGAACAGCUCAAGGCGAUUCAUCAACCGCACUUUCACUACAAGCUCCUUCCACUGCUUUGCACCGAUGUCGAGGCGUUUGCAGCUAUGCAAGGGAUUUGUGCGAGUGUGAACUCUCCCUUUACUAUAGAGGACCGCAGGGAUCCGCAGGGACUGACGCAUCGUCUCUCAAACGGUUGUGCAGAGCGGCAGGCCGUCUGUGAAUUUUUUGCGGAACACAUUCCACCAGCAGAACGCGAAGUGCCCGUGUUUUCACGCAAGUUGCCCAUCACCGCAGUCAUGUUUGACGGCCUUCUACUGACGAAAAAAGCAACUGUGGCGCGGAGUAAAGUGGCCGCCCUGCUGACCGUGCACGAGGCGGCCACGGAGAAAGUCAUCACAGAACGCGCGCUCAUGCGGGACUUUUUUAGCAGCCCGCUGUAUACAAAACUUAGCGGGAACAGUGACGUGGCACAAGCAGUGCGUCUGUCGCAGCAGCAGUUGCACUUUCUGGCCGUGAAGCGACCAGUUGGAGCGGAUGGGGAGUGCCGACAAAAUCUGCUGCGGUCUGCGGCGAAGAAGAAGCUUUUCGUUUUUGAAAAGGUGGCCAAUGAGUACCACUUCGCCCACGGCUCGUAG